AUGGGGGGGUCGCUCUGUUUUUCCCGACGUACUACUGAAGCAGUGCUCAGAGGAAGCAGCUUCAUCAAAGUACUACUUCUGGCUCUGUUACUGCCAACACUUAGAGUCAGUGGGCAGUUACUGGGAAGCCCCCUGGACUGCCACAAGACUUGUGUGUGCGCCAGCAACAUCAUCAGCUGCUCCAAGAUGAAUCUAACCAAUGUUCCCAUAGCUCUUCCAAAGUAUACAUCUGUGCUGGACCUCAACUUCAACUCCAUCACCAGGCUACGGGCUGAGUGGACAACUGUCAAACUCAUGAGACUACACAGUCUGCUGCUCAGCCACAAUGGCCUCAACUUCCUCUCCUCUGAGGCAUUUGCGUAUGUGACAAGGCUUCGUUACCUGGACCUGUCCUCCAACAGUCUCCGCCAGCUCGAUGAGUACAUCUUCGAGCCACUGGAGGACCUGGAGGUGCUGCUUUUGUAUAAAAACCACAUCUCCCAGAUAGAUCGCACUGCCUUCUCUGGCCUCGCCUGCCUGCAGAGGCUCUACAUGAGCUACAAUCAGAUCUCACGCUUUCCCUUGGAGCUUGUGAAGGAGCGAAGCAGGAUGGAAGCCCUUAGACUGCUGGAUGUCUCCUCCAACCGAAUCAAAACCCUGCCUCUCUCUGAGCUUCAAGCUCUGCCCGCCUGGAUCAAAAAUGGCCUGUACCUCCACAACAACCCCCUUCCCUGCAGCUGCGAGCUGCAUGACAUGUUUGCACGCUGGAACAUAAAGGAGCUCAGCUCUGCCACCGACUUCAGGAGCGACCACACCUGUGUAUUACCAGGCUCACAGAAAGAAAAAACAACAAUAAUGGAUCUGGACAAGGUCUAUUUGAACUGCAGCGAGGUCAGAAUCAAGAAUAAAGAAGCCCAUCUGGAGCAAUUCCUUGUCCUGGACUGUGACACCAGGCAGAGGGAUAUGGCAAAGAGCUGGGCGCUGCCAGGAAACAUUCCCGUUUCCCUGGCAAACAAGACUGCUGUGAAGCUUUCUGAUGGUAGCCUCCAGAUUGGGCCCCUGCAGGCAGGAGACUCUGGGAUCUACACCUGCUACGCCACCAGCGACUCCUACAAUGAGACUGUGUAUGUCACUGUUGUGGUGUUUAACUCCACCAUGAGCGGCGGGCUGGAGAACCUGAAGACGGCCUACACAACUCUUGUAGCAUGUCUGGUCAGUAUAGUUAUGGUUCUUGUCUAUCUCUACCUAACACCCUGCCACUGUGCUUGUUGUCCUGGUCAGGGUCUGGAGAAAAACGACCCCACAGAUAGUCUUCACUCUUCAACUGUUAGCAUCUCUCAAGCACAUGAGGACGUGGGGCAAGAAAGGGGGGAGGGUGGAGGGAAGGACUUCUCUUACAAACAGGUCAGCUUCCAGGGACCCAAGGAUCAGCUGGAGCAGAACGGAAGGUUGAACCCAAUAGGUGAGGAAGACGAGGAGUGGCAGGAGGACAAGAAAGAGAGAAGGAGGUCUGAUGCAGAGUCUGUAAGCUCUGUGUGCUCCGAUACUCCCAUGGUGGUGUAAAAGACAGUGGCAGCGCCUGCAGGGAAAGGUAGUGAUGGCCCGCUUUGUAUGCUUAGAAUGUGUGCAAGAGUUAAAAGUUAAUAUCUUCCAAAAGCUUUAGCCAGCUGUCACAGUUGGUGGCACUGUUGUAGCUGCAUGUGCUAUUUAUAAGAAAUAUAUUACCAGUGCAAUAUCUCAAUGAAAGCUGAAAUGAAA